CCUUUUGGCCUUUGGAGCCUAAGAUUUCGUUCCGGCCGCUGAUACCGUUUUCGUCCGAGCGGCAAAACCGAUACCAGAUUCUCGCUCUCUCUCUCUCUCUCUCUUCCUCGUGGAAGGUUGCAGAAAUUUUUUUAGGGUUUCAAUCUAUGUCUUCAAGUCCCUCGGCCACCCAUGGCCUUGACCUCAACUUCGCCGCCACCGCCGUCGAGAACCAAGAGCUCUCUCCCGAGGCGGCGUCUACUCCCCUGGUUGACGUCCCCGGUGGAUCUGUUUCAGAAACCCUAAGCCGCGCGGAUGGUCCAAAAGCAGGAGACGGAUCGAGUGGUGGACCUAAAGAUGGGGUGUUACUGUUGGGUGGUGGAGACCAGGGUUUUAAUCAGAGGGCGGAGGCGGAGGAUUCCUUUGUGGAUGCAAACCCUGAUUUCGAGGAGGUGGGUGAUGGUGUUGCUGGGAAAGGAGUACAGGAGGCGGAUUCGCGACCUACUGGUGAGACUUUGAUUACAGAGGGGGAUGUUGUUCUGGAAGAUUUGAACUUGGUUGCUUCUGCUGUUGAAGCUGAGAGUUUGGAUAGGAACUUCGUCGAGGAGAAGGCGGGAGAUGAGCGUGGGAGCGGAGAUUUUGUUGCAGCUGAUGUGGGUGUAGUGCAGGGUGUCAACGCAGUUGAAGCAAAGAGCGCAGUGAUGCCUCUGGUUGAUGGGAAGGCGAAGGAUAAGGAUGUUGUUAUGGCUGACGUAGGAUUUGAUGUGGUGAUGGCUGAAAAGAAUGCUGAAGGGGAUUCAAUGUUGGGUGUGGAAAUUAGUGCACCUAAGGUGGUAGAGCUAGCAAACUCUUCUGCUUCCCAAGAUGUUUCGCCUGAUAAUGAUGGUGGCAGCCAAAAAACUGGGGUGGUUCAAAGGUUGGAAGUUGAUGAAAAGGUUCCUCAAGUGAAGGAUAAUAUGGAUGGGUUUGAUAUGGACAGGAGUACUAGUGCUGUCCAGAAUUUGCAAGUCGGUGGACAAGAAAUGUCGAAAAGCAGAGAGAAACAGAGGCGACGGGCUUCAGAUGUGGAGAACAGUCAGCAUGUCAGGUAUUACUAUGCUUUUCAAGAUGAAAAGAAGGAUGGUUUUUCUGUUUCGGAUAUGGUCUGGGGCAAGGUGAGGAGCCACCCAUGGUGGCCUGGACAGAUCUUUGAUCUUUCGGAUGCAUCAGAGAUGGCAUUGAAGCAUGAGAAGAAGGACCACUUUCUGGUAGCAUAUUUUGGAGAUAAAACUUUUGCUUGGUGUGACGAGUCCCGGCUGAAGCCUUUUCAGACAUACUUCUCACACAUGGAGAAGCAGAGCAGCUUGGAUGCUUUUGUGAGUGCUGUUAAUGAUGCCCUGGGGGAAGUCUCUAGGCGCAUAGAGUUGGGGAUGAUGUGCCAUUGUUUCACUGAUGAUGCUCGUGCUGAUAUGAAGCACCAGAAGGUCGAGAAUGCUGGGAUACAGGAUGGGACAUGUGGCCCUGCUGUUGACAGUUCUUUGAUUGCAAGUUCUUUUCAACCUGAGAGAUUCCUUGAAUAUAUUCAAGCAUUAGCUCAGUUCCCAAAUGGAGGAGCUGACGGACUUGAGCUCCUGAUAGUUAAGGCUCAGUUAAGGUCCUUUUAUUGUUCAAAAGGUUAUACUGAACUUCCUGUAUUUGUUACUGGUGGAGGGCUGGAGAGUGAUGUGGAGACUCCACCAUCUAGGAAAAGAAAAUCUGAUUAUGAUCUUGCUGAUCUCUCAACUCCAGUUUCUUCAGAUUCUAUUUCUGGGAAGGGAAAAAGAGGUAGAGGAAGACCUCCGAAGCAGAAAAAUAUUCUGGAGGAUGGUAGAAAGCAGAAGAGCCUGUCAGAGCUGAUGGAAGAGAAAAAUGUUCCUCAUCAUGGAGAUAGUGGUAGAAGUGGAUCUGGAGCUAGAGCAUCUUCCCGUUCAUCGGGUAGGAAAUGUAAAGUUGUUGAUUCUGAUUCUACUGGCUCAAGGAAGGUUAAGAAGAAACGGCUGGACUUAUUAGGGGAUUUAGAAACUAAAUCACGAUCUUCAUCUUCUACAAGAUACUCCAAGGUUGGAGAAUCCGUGCGUCGAGUUGGUACCCAGAUGGCAGGAUCGACCCCUAUCCUUCGUAAGUGCAAUGGUGGAACAUUUCAGAAGAGCCCAGCCAAGGUGAAUGGUAGAGGAGAUGAUGUUGUGGAUGACGCUCAUACUCAUGUGGAGACUCCAAAAGGAAAAAGAGGUGCCUCAAAGGACUUCCCUUCCCCCAGUGAAAUGUUGUCACAGCUCUGCUUGGCUGCUAGGGAUCCCAUGAAGGGAUACAGUUUUCUUACUGUGAUAGUUAGCUUCUUCACUGAUUUUAGGGAUUCACUUGCAUCUAGUUCUUUCAAAGAUAAGAAGCUUGUGGAGGUGGUGAGGGGUAAAAGGGGUAGGAGAAAAUCAACCAACUCUACAUCAGUGUCUUCAGAGAUGUUCCAGCCUGACCUUGUGCAGGAUUCAUAUUGGUCUGAUGUUAUAAUUAGUGAAAGCCCUGAGAAAGAGCCGGUAUCUAGCGACCAGAAAAGAGAAGGAGAAUCUCAGACAAAGAGGCAAAAGAAAAAGAGGAGUCCUGAAGAGCAGCCAUUGCCCUCUGUUCCCUCUGGCCUUGUGUCGGACACUCCGCAACAUUUGCAGGUUGAUUCGGCAAGCGUUGAUAAUGGACAAGAUGUGGCAGCUGAAAGACCAAUGAACAAUUUGGUAGAAAAUACUGAGGAAUGCAUGCCAACUGCUCUGAUUUUGAGUUUUACUGAGUCAGAUGCGCUUCCUUCUGAAAGCGAUCUCAUCAGUAUAUUUGGUCGCUAUGGAUCUCUUAGGGAAGCAGAGACAGAAGUUCUGACAACAGCAAACCGUGCCAAAGUUGUCUUCAAGAGGCGUGCUGAUGCAGAAGUAGCUUUCAGUAGUGCAGGAAAAUACAGCAUCUUUGGACCAGCUCUUGUCAGCUAUCGGCUCAGGUACUUGUCAGCGACAUCAAAAAAUUCUCCAAAUAGCACUCCACAAGGCAAAAAUGAUGUGUUUCCCUCUGAAGGUGUCAAUCUAGAGGUUUCAGCACAAGAAGAUCCCAGGGCAGUGGAUGACAUGCAUGCUGAACCACAGAGCAAUGGAUCAUCUGAGUGAGCUGUUUGAGUUGAGUGAGGAAACUGUUAGGAUUAUGGUCAAAUAUUUUUCUGCUUUAUAGAGUAAUGCCAAUUGACUUGUUUCUCAGUCUAGGAAUACUUUAUGCUUUAGAGUAAUACAAAUGUUUACUGUAUAAAGAUGUAAGCUGAUCUUUUUAUGUAAAAGAUUUACCUUUCCUGACUUGCUAAGUUUUGAACAUUCUACUAUAUGCCAGUGCUUCUAGUGAUCCUUGAGUUC